AUGUCAGGUUUGACUUGGAUGAGGAGCAACCACAGCGAGAAGGCGUUUCCACCACUCGACUGUGAAGAGACGGAGACGGCGACGAUGGCGGCGGCGGAGGAGCCUUUGCUCGGAAUGCCGAGCAACGGCAACGUCCCUGAGGAGAUGGAGCUGAAGAACAUCCAACUCCACAUCCCCACGGCGCGGAUCCUUUCCCGGGAAGGAUGGUCUAAUGUGAGGGAGGUGAAAGUGGACACAUCUCGUGGAGCCGUCACCGUGAGUGUUCAAGGCGGAGGGAAGCGAAACACCCUCGUCACGUACCACGACCUCGGGAUGAAUUCCGUCUCCAACUUCCAAACCUUCUUCAACUACGUGGACAUGCGGAUCCUCAUGGAAAACACGUGCGUGUAUCACGUGAACGCCCCGGGUCAAGCAGAGGAUGCCGAGAAUCUCCCCGAGGGCUACGUGUACCCGACCAUGGACGAACUGGCCAAACAGAUCGAGGACGUCUUGAAGCACUUUAAUGUGAAACAUUUCACGGGUCUCGGCGUGGGUUUCGGGGCUAACGUCCUGGCUCGGUACGCCUUCACUCACCCAGACCAGGUCGAUGCGCUGUGUUUGGUCAAUUGCGUGAGCACUCACGCGGGAUGGAUCGAAUGGGGAUACCAAAAGAUGAACAUACGAAAUCUGAGGAAUGCAAAUCAGCUCACUCCCACUGCCCUCGAGUAUCUCCUCUGGCAUCAUUUCGGAAAGAAUCAGGAGCGGCGGAACCACGACUUGGUCCAGGUUUACAAGCAGUACUUCGCGAAGAGGAUGAACCACAAGAAUCUGAGCAUGCUGUUGGAGACGUACAUCACGCGAUCGGAUCUGGGGCUUCAACGAGCCGGGAAGACGUUGACGAUGCCGUGUCUCCUCGUUACGGGAGCCUAUUCGCCCCAUCUCGACGACACCGUCACUUUGAAUUCCCGUUUGAAUGCGAGUAAGACCGAGUGGUUGAAGCUGUCGGAUUGCGGGAUGCCCCUGGAAGAGAUGCCGAAUAAGGUGUCGGAAGCGUUGCGACUCUUCCUCCAAGGAAUCGGGUUCAUGCCGUCGCUUUCGGCGAGGAAAUUGUCGAGGUCGAGGUCUAUGGAUUCGGGGGAUCCGCCUCCCCCGAUCAAAGAGAAGGAACACGGAGCGUUGCACGAGAACCCAAGUCCCAUCUCCGAGACCGAAGAACCUCCCACCCUCUCUCUCUGCACCUGAACUCGACACUCACCAACUCCAUCCGUCUCACUCUUCUCUUUGCUUCCCAGUUUUCGCCCUCUAACUCUUAGGCUAUUUCUCUCUUCAUUUCUUGAAUGUUGUGCUAAACAAUAUUUCCGCUUUUAUGAUGGCGUUUGAUCUCACUCCUCCCACCCUUCCUUUCUCAUUCGCGACUGUGAAAAACAAAACUCAAUCAAAGAAGAUACUUAUUUUUCAAAUUUCUUAUCUCUUCGAAUCGAGAAAAGUUGGUAAAUUUCGUAAUACCUCCUUGGUUUUAUUUCAAUCCAUAAACGUCAUGAUGCAGUCGUGCCAAAGAUCGGUAAGAAUUCCCCACCCUCUCUUUCGCGGAAGGAAUCGCAUUCGCUCCACCCGUCUUGUACAUACAACGACUGAUAUUUUGUUUCAUGUGCUUGCAGAUUUAAGAUAGAAAGAAAGAAUCCUCCGGGACUUCUUUUCUUCACCGUCGCACGGUAUACGAAUAUGUGAAGUGCAAUAUGUGACUCGCUGAUUCUCUGUAGGAAUCUCAUGGGGGAAGAACUCCCUUCGUUUAUCCCGUUCACUUCCAUUCGGGAAAGCUUAUUUCAUCUCUGCCAUAUUAUUUUUCGUGUCCACCAGUGAUAUAUACACAAGUAUUGGCAGCGUGUCUCUUUUCCUUCCUUCAGAUUCCUUCACUACAUUGUGCUGGCCUUUAUUUCUUCCCCCUCUAUAAUAAAAAAGUAUGAAUGCUUGA